CCGCACGGGCCGGCGACGCUGUCGGAAGAAAAAACCCAGGCAGACGGGCUGACGGUCCGCGUCUGCGUCCGGAGCGGCAGCACGGCUGAAGCCAUAUGUCGAGCUCCCGGUCGUGUUGUUGUUUCUGAGGCAGGGAGAAGGACGCCACCUGCCGCCGUGGGAAAGCCAGCCGGCAAACCCCUAGGGAGAGCGACUGAGACCAGGCUUCUGCUGUAGUAGUUGGUCUAAGUGCUGUCUCAAAGCGACACGCUGUCAGUUUUUGUUUGUUUUUAUUUUUUUCUGCUGAAUUCCUGAAAACAUUGCGACAACAUUUUUUUCAAAUAUAAAAAUAGAAGAAAAAGGGGCCUAUAGAAUAAAGACCAUAUGUCCGCCUGGAACUGUGGAGAGUAAAACCCCACAGUGAAGCUCAAACAUCAUAGCGAAGGAACAAUCAGCCAAAACCAUUUUUACGCGGAGAGGGAGGCACAGUGAUGCAAGAAGCCGAAGGAGACUCCACACACCGCCUGCCUCGGAAACAAUGAAAACAGCUGGACGAACUGUGGAGCUACAGUAUGACAACAGUGACCUGGUGCCGAACCCUACGGAAGAAAGUAAGUCACCACUAGAUGGCAACCGCAAUCAGGCCUAUGGUGACACCCUGCUCGCUUGCCUACACACGGACUCCCCCUCGGACCCCUCCAGUCGUCAGUUGGUGGUUUUCUAGCUAGACCACGGAUGAGAUCCAGAUCUGACUCAGCUUCUGAUUUUUCAGCCCUAUCGAGCACAAACAAUUGUGACGCAGCUACUCCUGUCAAACUCCAGUGAGGAAAUAAGCCGCUCACUGUGUUGUUGGACACAAAUGACCAAAGAUAAAUGAGCAAAACAAAGCUCAGUCGGAUUUGGACUGAAGCUGUGGAAAAGAACACUGGGUCUCUGUUCAUGACUCAGUGUGUGAGCAGAGGCAAAAUAAAUCUGGUUGUUCAGAUUUGACGGAUGAGAGUUUCCUCAUCGUGGGAAUUCCUGAACUUCUGUUGAGUAACACCCCCACCCACCCCACCCCCACCACUCAUUAUAUGACCCUGAAUACUACGGUGCUGGAGCAGAAGAGAACUGAACACAUCAUGAAGUUGGAUUUGGCUGCAGCGCUGUCUUCCUUGGCGAUGUUGCUCGUCUUUCUGUCUCCAGUUUGCUGUCAGCAGCCUGUGAACUGCAGAUGGGGGCCUUAUGGAGAGUGGUCUGAGUGUGAUGGCUGCACCAGCACAAAGGUGCGUACUCGCCAUGUGGAGGUGUAUGCCCAGUUUAGGGGUGUGCCAUGUUCAGGAGAAGCCACACAAACACAACCGUGCGUCCCACAGAAAGGAUGUCCUCUGGAAACAGGAUGUGGAGACAGGUUCCGCUGCACGUCUGGUCAGUGUAUCAGCCGCUCUCUAGUGUGUAACGGAGACCAGGACUGUGAUGAUGGUUUGGAUGAGAGAAGCUGUCAACAAGACGACAGCCACUACUCAUGUGACCUCGACAAGACGCCUCCCAACUCUGAUUUCACAGGCAGGGGGUAUGACGUGUUGACAGGGAAACUGAGAGCAGGUGUGAUCGACACUUUGAGCUUUGGAGGGCAGUGCAGGAAGGUGUUCAGUGGUGACCACAAAGUCUAUUACAGACUUCCACAGAACAUCCUCAGGUACAACUUUGAGGUGAAUGUAGACAAUGAGGAGAGUGAUGAAUCCUACGAGAGCUCCUGGUCCUACGUGCAGCACAUCCAGGCCAACGCCUUGGUGGGACACGACCGCCGCACCUUCCACAAAGAGCUCACUGACGAUAAGGCCUACAGAUUGAUAAUCCUGAAGAAUAAAGUGGAACUGGCACAGUUCCAAAACUCCGCCCCCCAAUAUCUUACUCUGGCCGAAGGCUUCUGGAAGGCCUUGUCCUCGCUGCCAUUCACGUAUGACUACUCUGCCUACCGCCAGCUGCUUCAGAUGUAUGGCACACAUUACCUCUCCGAGGGCUCACUUGGAGGCGAAUACCAAGCCCUGUUGGAGUUAGACCGCCAGGCGCUCGCUUCAACCAAUACAACAGAUAUAGAGUACGAGAGGUGUUGGAAAAAGGUGAAACGCCGUUUCUGGAGGAAAAAGGUGAAAACCAUUUGUGAAAAACUGACGAAAUCUUUUUCAUUCAGCCAUGAACACAGUGUAAACAAGAUACCCAUUAAGGUCAACAUUUUUGGUGGAGAUCCGGCCAUGAUAGGUGCACUGACAUUCCUGGAUCUGGAAAACCCAGAAGCUAAUGGAGAAGUCUAUGAUAACUGGGCCUCAUCUGUCAAAGACUACCCUGAAGUCAUAGACCAGAAGCUGCGUCCUCUGUAUGAGCUGGUGAAGGAGGUUCAGUGUGCAGGUUUGAAAAAGCUCCACCUGAAGAGAGCCACAGAGGAGUACCUGGCAGAGGAGCAUCCCUGCCACUGCCGGCCCUGCCAGAACAACGGCCAGCCACUGCUGACGGGCUCCAAGUGUCGCUGCAUCUGCAGGCAGGGAACCUCAGGACAAGCCUGCCAGAAUGGAGCUGUGAUUGGAGAGCAACCAGGGGUGAUCCAUGGCAGCUGGAGCUGCUGGUCCUCCUGGGGAUCUUGUUCCGGAGGUCAAAGGUCAAGGACUCGCAGCUGCAACAAUCCCGCUCCUAGCGGAGGUGGCCACCACUGCACUGGACUGCAUGUGGAGCGGAAGCCUUGUGAGGACUCAGAGAUCCAGUAUUUACAGAUGAUGGAGCCUCAGUGCUUCAGUCUCUCUGUGACUCCACCAAAGACAUGUGGUCCGCCUCCAAACCUCAGGAAUGGAGUUAUUCAGAAUCCCAGAGAUUUUUACGUGGUUGGAAACACAGUGGAGUACUCCUGCAUAUACGGAUAUUACCUCAGUGGGAACGCUGUGGCUCAAUGCAGUGAAAACCAAACGUGGAUGACAGGAACGAUGGUUUGUAAAAGUUCCACAUGUGGGAUCCCCCCACUCAGUGGUGAAGUUAUAGCCACGCCCACCAGAGCAGCCUAUCAGAUUGGAGACAGAGUGUUCUUUUCCUGUCCUGCGGGGUCAGUGCUGGAUGGUGAGGUGUCAGAGAUCAUAUGCAGUCCCAGUCUGCAGUGGACUCCUUCUCCAGCAGGCGCUCAUUGUAAAGCGGCGCCGACAACUCCCUCUUCUCCAUCUGGCCUGAAGUGUAAACCCUGGGAGAAUGUUGGAAAAACUGUGUGUGUGUGUAAAAUGCCAUUUCAGUGCCCGACUUCUCUGCAGUUGUGUGCCAGAUUUGGCUCAAGCCAAAGCCGUUUAUUAGGUGUGUGUAAGCUCGGAGCUCUGCAGUGUGUGGGACGGAGCUUCACUUUGGCCAGUGACAGCGACUGUCACUGGCCAGAGGAGACGUUCACAUCCUGCGAGGACUGCAAGCCAGGGACAGUCUGUCAGGAGUCAGCGAGAAAAUGUGUAUGCUUGAACGCAUCAGAAUGCCCUAAAGACUCCACCCCCCUGUGCGUUAACCAUGGUGUUGGCAGCGUACCCACGACAAUGACCGAAUGCGAGGUGGGGGCCAGAAGGUGUGCUGGGGAGCAGGUGAAGGUGAUCAGUAUUGAGGCGUGUCCAGAAUAAAGACGGGUUGUUGUCUUAUUCACUGAGAAGUAUCACACUGUACAUAAAGCAGGAACUUAUUUUUCUCUCAAUGACUAAAUUGUAAAUAGAAGCAAAUCUCUUUUCUAACACCUGAAUGAUGUAAAUAAGUUCCUCUGCCAUCCUGUGGUUUCCUUUGAUAUUUGUCAUGGAGGAGGGAUAAUUGACGACAAUUGCGUGCAAAGUAAACAUAAUGUUCUGUUCUCAAGGCUUGACUGACAAAUUCUAAAAUAAAUGCCUUAGCAUUGGUUAAAGGAAGUUGAUAAAACACUUUUCAGAAUACAUUUUUGUUGUCAUGGUUUCUGUUAAAAUAUCAAAUAUUUGAAAGGGGUUAUUUUUCCAUUUGGUCACCCAUCAGAUUUACGCAGCAGGCAAUUUUACAAAUCACCCGUAAUGAGUUCAAAUUAUGUUUAUUUCAAAAUUCCUUAUAUCUUAUAAUGAUUUUGUGAAGUAAAAACUUGACAUUUCUUUUUUCAUGCAUUUAAGCAUUUACAAGGUUUAUCUUUGUACUGUGUACUCUGUAGCCCCCUAGUGAUUAUUGUAUUUGUUUCCUGAAUUCUCUUUGGUCUCCAUUCAAGUGUUGUUAUUGGGCACUUUUUGACACUGUCUAAUCAAAUGGGAAAUUCAUAUAGUAAAAUCCUUAUUUUUGGCAUAUCAGACUCUGGCUCCAGUUUAGUCUGGAUAUUUUUAUCUGGAUAUUGCUUGGUCACAUUAAUGUCAUUUCAUGGUUUGAAGAAUUUUCAGAGGUGAGAUCAGAAUAGGAAAUACAUGCUUAAUUUGUGAGCAAGAGGUGCAGUAAGAGGUACAUUCUGUAAGAAAUGAAAAAAACAGACAAUGUUAUUCUUUAAAAAAUGCUUU